GUUACUGGAUGACCUCAUCGACAUAAGACCAUCAUGACCUCCAUGAAUGACAUCAUGACUUCCAUGAAUGACAUCACGACCUCCAUGAAUGACAUCAUGACUAUGUUCACCACUCAGGUCCCGAUGGACAGCGACCCGACACCCACCGACUACGGGGACGACUACGAUGACGACUACCAGGACCUGAUGUGCGACCGCGAGUCCGUUCGGGAGUUCCGGCGUUUGUACGAGCCGCCGUUCUUCUGGCUGAUCGCCGUGGUGGGCGGAGCCGGGAACGCGGCCGUGGUCUGGAUCUACCUGAACGUGAAGCGGCGGCUGAAGACCAUGACGGACGUGUACCUGCUGAACCUCGCCGUGGCCGACCUGCUGUUCCUGAUCACGCUGCCGCUGUGGGCCGUGGAGGCGUCGCACGGCUGGAUGUUCGGCGCCACCGUGUGCAAGCUGACGGCCGGCGUCUACAAGGUGAACCUGUUCAGCAGCAUGUUCCUGCUCACCUGCAUCAGCGCCGACCGCUACAUGGUCAUCGUGCAAGCCAACAAGUCACGCAACUACAAGAUGGCGCGCAGCCGCUGCAACAACCUGGUGUGUGCGGGCGUGUGGCUGCUCGCCCUGCUGCUCGCCACGCCGGAGUUCCUGUUCUCCACCACUUCCAAAGCCGACGAGGCCUCGCAGGAAGUGUGCAGGAUGGUGUUCCCGUCCGGCAACCGCACCAAGAUCCUGGUCCUGUCGCUGCAGGUGAGCAUGGGCUUCUGCCUGCCCUUCCUCGUCAUGACCGUCUGCUACAGCGUCAUCCUCGCCAAGCUGCUCAAGACCCGAAACUUCCAGAAGCACAAAGCCAUGCGGGUCAUCCUGGCCGUGGUGGCGGCCUUCGUCGUGUCCCAGCUGCCCUACAACGGCGUGCUGGUGAUGGAGGCCACGCAGGCCGCCAACAUGACCGUGACGGACUGCGAGAAGGUGAAGAGCUUCGACAAGGCGGGGCAGGUGCUGAAGAGUGUGGCCUACAUGCACGCCUGCCUCAACCCCUUCCUGUACGCCUUCGUGGGCGUGCGUUUCCGUAAGGACGUGCUGCGGAUGCUGCGCGCCUGCCGCUGCCAGCAGGGGGCAGCCAAGAGUCAGCUGAGCAAGUCCAGUAAGUCCAGUAAGAGCGUGCUGAGCUCGCCGCGGCCCACGGUGAUGUCAGACAGCGAAACUUCGAAGACGCUGUCGCUGUAGACGACCGUCGGUUGUCAUGGCAACGCCUUCAUCACUCUCAUCAUCGCUCCUCUCAGUCGGACUGAUUCUGUAAAGACUUUAAGGUUUCCCUUCAUGAUGAUGUCAUCGAAUCAUUUGAAUUCAUAUUUACAGAUUGAUGUUAGUGAAGCUGUUUCAUCAUCUCUUUCUCAGCAGAAGAAACAAAAACCUUUUUCUACUUUAGAAACUUUGAA